ACCAUAGACAAAAAAAGGCAGAAAAUAAAAAGUACAAGUGAACUUUUUUUCUUUGAUCCCAAAAUUCAACCACCUGCUUCAACAAUCUUUCUAGGAAAACACAAUCAAUGUUAAAACUACAACAUAGUAUAACAACCAAUGAAGUUCAUCUACAUGUUAUGUUUCAUAAUCCUAGUAGUUUUUAUGUUGAUAAUACUAGGAUGUUGCAGGUCUGAUAUAUCAGUAGGUUACAGGUUUACUUUAGCUGUACCAAGUGAUUAUAGUGAAGGUUUCAAUGGUAAGGCAUAUCUAAUGGAAACUGAUCAAAUGCCACUGAAUUUUCGAACUGCCAUGAGUGUUGAUGCCAUUGAUGGGCGGUACGCGUGCUCGCUCCAGGUCUUCCUAGGUAAUGUUGAGGUGUGGAGUUCAGGGCAUGUUUCUAAGUUCUUUACAUCUGAUGCUUGUGUGCUCGAGUUUACGAAAAUGGGGGAUCUACGGUUGAUUGGGAUGAAUGAACAGAUUGGUUGGCGGACUGCCACUUCAGAACAAGGUGUGGAGAAAUUACUAUUGCUGGACACUGGCAAUUUAGUACUGGUUGAUGCACAAGAUAACAUAAAGUGGCAAACAUUCAAUUUCCCAACAAACAUCUUACUCUUGGGGCAGAGACUAAGUGUAGCUACUCACUUGACCUCAUCUCCUACUAACAACUUCUCCAAAUCAUUCUUUUCAUUUGAGAUUCACCAUGAUAAAGUUGCUCUCUACUUGAAUUCAGGUAGUAACAACAAGUAUUCUUACUGGGAAUAUCACCCUUCCAAGAGCAGAAACAUCACCUACAUCGAAUUAGCUUCGAAGGGUCUAGAAUUGUUUGAUGACAAGUUCAGAAACUUUUCACAGAUUCUUUCGCCUUAUCAACAACAAGUAAGGUUCCUAGCCCUCAAUAAUGAUACAGGAAACCUCGGUUUUUACUAUUAUUCACCCUACAAAGACAAGUUUGAGACAUCAUUUCAAGCUCUAAAUACUACUUGUGAUCUUCCCCUGGCUUGCUCACCUUAUGGAAUAUGCACGUUUUCGAAGACUUGUUCUUGUAUUCGUUUGUUAACAAGGGGCCGAGAUAGUUCAAAGGGCGGUUGUAAUGCAGGGAAGACUGCAGGACAUUUGUGUAGUAAAGAUGAAGUUGAGAUGCUUGAGUUAAAAGAUGCUGGUACAUUACUUAAAAAUGCUACCUCAAUGAGUAAUUUUAGUAAAACACAAUGUGCAGAUUCUUGCUUAGAUGACUGUGAAUGUGGUGCUGCAUUGUAUUCGUCGCGUACAAGAGAAUGUAUGUACUUUGAUGUGGUUAGAGGGGUUAAACAGGUGAAUAGAGGAAGUGGAUUGAGUUAUUUGGUUAAGGUUUCUAAGGGAAGUUUUGGGAAACAUAAGAAAAGUGGUUUGAGAAAAUGGGUUUUGGUUUUAGUACUUGUUGCUGAUGGAAUGGUUCUGUUUUUGGUAUGUGGAGGACUUGGGUACUUCAUGGUUUGGAAGAGGAAAAAGAGGUUGAGUGAUGGAAACUGUUCUUCAUGAACAUGAAAGUGAAAGACCUGAUUUUGGUUCAUUUAUAAUGAGCUUAAUGAACAGAUUUUGACAGUUUAAUUAGGCCAACUUAUUGCAAAGAAAGGUAAUUUUAGCUGUAAAAAAGUUUGUGUAAAAUCAUUUCUAUUUACUUUUGUGUUUAGUAUUGUUUUUUUUUACUUUUUUAAUUCAAUUCUUUAAUGCUCAUUCAUGAGCUUAAUUAAGAAAGUUUUUUCUUCUUAUAUAACUUUGAUGUCCUGAGAUUUGGAGAAAUUUCAAUUUGGUGACCAGAGUUUAUGUAUCUUUCCAUAUCAGAGUAUUCACUUUUUUCCCACUCAAAUUAAGUAGUAUCAUAAAUUUAUAGCAAGUUUGAGUGACAAAAUAUAGAAAAUGAGAAAGAUUAAAAUUGAUUUUAGAUGCAAUGACUCCAUGU